AUGAAACUGUCUUAUCCGUCUUUAUCUGAAGCUAAUCAAAACGACCUUGCACUCACACUCAAGAUAGCCCGGCAUUCUUGUUGCACAACUUGUGAUUCUUGUCCUGGCUUGCGGCCCCCAGCAGGCGUUGAGGUGGUUCUAGACGAUGAUGCUCACCAAAAGUCUCUACUCGGCGAUCUAACACAAUAUGGCUCCGACGAAGAGGAUAGUACUGCGUACCUCGAAACGUGUAUAUGUGGCCACGAUGUAGCAGACCACGGUGGUCAAGUAUCUUCCUUAGGACGAGAGGAAUUUUCUCGGAGAGCACGUCUGGCAACUCAUCUUGACGAACUUUUUCAAGAGGCAGACAGGCUGCUUGACUUCAAUUAUACAGACGAAGACAUUGACUCCCUCAGGCAACAAAUGAAGAUGCCCGUCUCUAUGGUUAGCAUAGCGUCUCCUUCCAUCCGUAUGUCGUUUAUUUUGCUUCCUACGACCUCUCAACUGUUUCAGAACAAUCUUCUCCACAUGAUCGACCAUCAUCCCCAGCUUCUUCUGUACUCAGUGAUGAACCUCCGCCUUCAAAGCGUCGGCGGCUGUCUUCCUCUUCACUUAGCAAUGAAGAUGAUGAUGACGAUGAUGACGAAGACAAACCUUUAG